AUGCUGUCGGAUGCCGUGCUGUACGGAUGGCUGGCCCUGCCGGCCAUACUAGCCUGGCUGGCAGCAAGCACAUACUACCGGUACUGUCGAUUAAAACACAUACCGGGCCCGCCGAGCGCCGGAUUCUCCAUCUGGUGGCUGCUGCGGUCUACCCUCAGCGGCAGGACGCACCUCGACUUGUACGAGGUGUGCCAGAAGUACGGCCCCAUCGCCAGAGUCGGGCCCAACGACGUGGUGACCAGCGACGCGAGGCUUGCCAUGCACAUGCUCGGCGCGCGCUCGCAGUACACACGGUCGUCGUGGUACAACGGGCUGCGGUUCGAGCCCAGCAAGAACAACAUCAUCUCCAUGAGGGACGACGCCCUCCACGCCGUGAUACGGUCGAAAAUGGCCGGCGGGUACUCCGGCAAGGAGGUCGACCACCUCGAGGCCAAGGUGGACAGCUCCGUGCAGAACCUGGUCCGCCUGCUCGACUCGUACGUGCGCAACGGGCGCCCGUUCGACCUCGCCCGCAAGAUACACUUCUUCGCCCUCGACGUCAUCUCGGAGCUGGCCUUUGGCGAGCCCUUUGGCGACCUGACGACCGACUCGGACGUGCACAGCCUCGUCACCGACAUCGAGACCUACCUGCCCUACCUGAUUGUGUCCACCGUCAUGUCGUGGAUGAUCCCGGUCCUCGGGCUGCCCGUCUUCCGGCCCCUCAUGCCCUCGGAGCACGACGUGCUCGGCAUCGGCCGCCUGGUAGGAAUCGCAAAGAGGGUGGCGGCGGAGCGCUACGGGCCGAGCAAAAAGACGCAGAGGGACAUGGUCGGCUCCUUUGUCGCCCGGGGACUGACGCAGGAGCAGGCGGAGAAUGAGAUUGCCGCGCAAAUCAUCGCCGGGUCCGACACCACCGCGACCGGCAUCCGGGCCACGUUGCUGCACGUCAUGACCAACCCGCGCGUCCUGGCGCGGCUGCAGGCCGAGAUUCGCGCGGCCGAGCUGAGCUGGCCCGUGGCUGGCGACGCCGAGAUCCGCAAAAUGCCCUUUGUGCAGGCCACCAUCAAGGAGGGGCUGCGCAUGCUGCCGCCCGUGGCUGGCUUCAUGUCCAAGGAGGUUCCGGCCGACGGGGACUGCUGGAACGGCGUCUCGUUCCCGUCGGGGACCAGGAUAGGACUGUGCAUGGUGGGCAUACUGCGCCAGAGGGACGUGUUUGGCGAGGAUGCCGACGAGUUCCGCCCGGAGAGGUGGCUCGCGGCGACGCCUGAGAUGGAGGCCACUUGGGGCCUUGUCUUUGGCUCGGGGAAAUGGGCGUGCUUGGGCAAGAACAUUGCCCGGAUGGAGCUGAACAAGGUCUUGGUGGAGGUGAGGCUUUCUGCCCGUUCCUUGUUUUGCAGACUGUCUGAUUGGCGGGUUGCAUGCUUACACGGUUUGCCAGGUCCUGAGGCGCUUCGAUCUCACGCUGAUUGA